UGAGGAGCGGAAGCGGGGAGGCGGGGCUAGGCCCGACUAGCGAGCGGAAGAGGCCCGGGCGGCUGGGUGAGGCGCAGAGACGGUUUGGCGGUGAGUCGUGGGCUAGGCGCAGGUCACGGCCUCAGAACCCGGGAGACGCCAAAACAAACUGAAGGACUUGGGAUUUCCGAGCAGCCGCCGCCGCUGCUGCUUCUGCCGCCGCGGACGUCACCGUCCCCACCGCCGGAGAACGCGGCCCUGAGAGGCCUCUAGGCCUAGGCGCGGCCCGCGGAGCCAGACGCGUUGCUGCCGUGAGUAAAAGAAGCGCCUUCUCCACGAUCACUUACAAAUUAAAAUGGAGGAAAUUUCGUUGGCUAACCUGGAUACUAACAAGCUAGAGGCCAUCGCUCAGGAGAUAUACGUAGACCUGAUAGAGGAUUCCUGUUUGGGAUUCUGCUUUGAGGUACACCGGGCAGUCAAGUGUGGCUACUUCUACCUGGAGUUCGCAGAGACUGGUAGCGUGAAGGAUUUUGGCAUUCAGCCAGUGGAAGACAAAGGAGCGUGUCGCCUCCCUCUUUGCUCCCUUCCUGGAGAACCUGGGAAUGGGCCUGAUCAGGAGCUGCAGCGCUCACCUCCGGAAUUCCAGUAGCUGCAACAUGAGAGAGUCCGAGAGUGACCAAGACAAUAACAUAGAUUGGUCCUGUGGCUUGGAAGAGUAAGCUAAAAA